AUGGCAUCUCAUAUUUAUUACAUAGUCCGCAAGGUUUCCUUCAAGAAUCACCCUUCCCAGGACUUCAUUGAUGCCCCACUGGUGUUGACAAAGUUCUACCAACAAAUCCUGGCCUUGGUGUUUGCUGUCGAUGAGAUCAACGAGAAUCCCAGGAUGUUGCCCAAUGUCUCUCUCGGCUUCCACAUCUAUGAUAGCUAUUAUGAUUCAAAGAUGACCUACCGAAACACUCUGGACCUGCUCUUUAAAUCACAUCACUUUGUUCCCAACUACAGGUGUGGCAUCCAGAAAAAUGUCAUAGGAGUCAUUGGGGGACUCAGCUCUGAUACCUCCUGGUGCAUGGCAAACGUCUUAGGUCUUUUCAAGAUACCACAGCCUCUGAACAAGCGAGAUAAAACAAAACAAUAUAUUCUUUGUGGAAUUUACAUCCCGAGUUCCCUCUGUAUGUUCACCAUGUCUCUUCACAAAAUGAUGUUUCCACCAAGCCAGUCCAAAAAUCUUCUCAACUUGGGCAGCAGCCAACUCCACUCAUUCCUGCAGAGAAUCUCAUUCAACAACAGUGCUGGAGAUGAAAUUACAUUAAAUGAAUAUGGAGAGUUAGCAGCUGGCUUUGAUAUUACCAACUUGGUCACUUUCCCAAAUAAUUCCUAUGUCAGAGUCAAAGUGGGAAGUUUGGAUCCUCAGGCCCCUCCGGGCAAAGAGCUCACCAUUAAUGAAGACAGAAUCAAAUGGCACAGACGCUUCACUAAGGUGCCACCGCUUUCUCUAUGUAAUGCCAACUGCCAUCCUGGUUAUGGGAAGAAAAAGAAGGAGGGGGAGAAGUUUUGCUGCUAUGAUUGUGAUCCAUGUCCAGAAGGAAUGAUUUCAAAUGAGAAAGACAUGGAAACUUGUGUCAGUUGCCCAGCAGAUCAGUAUCCAAACAGCGGCCAGGAUCUAUGCAUUCCUAAGAUUCCAAACUUCCUAGCCUUUGAUGAAACCUUGGCCAUUGUUUCAACUUCCUCUGUGCUUCUAUUCUCUCUGAUCACUAUUCUGGUGCUCAGCAUCUUCAUUAAGCAUCGCAAUACAGCCAUAGUCAAAGCCAACAACCGAAGCCUCACCUAUGGUCUCCUUAGCUCCCUCCUCUUGUGUUUCCUCUCUUCUUUGUUGUUCAUCGGAAAACCUAAUGAGGCGACUUGCCUUCUCCGACAAACUGCUUUUGGCAUUGUCUUCUCUGUGGCCCUCUCCAGCAUCUUAGCCAAAACCAUAUUGGUGGUUUUGGCUUUCAUGGCUACCAAACCAGGAUCCAAUAUGAGGAAAUGGGUAGGCAAAGAACUGGCUUAUUCUAUUGUCUUUUCCUGCUCCAUUGUUCAAGUAGGAAUCUGUGUCCUCUGGCUGGCAACCUCUCCCCCAUUCCCAGAUGUGGACAUGCACUCAAUGACGGAAGAAAUCAUAUUUCUAUGUAAUGAAGGGUCAGUCUCCAUGUUCUAUUGUGUUUUGGGCUACAUGGGCUUCCUGGCCACUAUCAGCUUCACGGUGGCCUUCCUAGCCAGGAAGUUGCCUGACACUUUCAACGAAGCCAAGUUCAUCACCUUCAGCAUGCUGGUCUUCAGCAGCGUUUGGCUCUCCUUCAUUCCAACCUACCUGAGCACCAGAGGAAAAUACAUGGUGGCUGUGGAGAUCUUCUCCAUCUUUGCUUCUGGUGCUGGGUUACUGGUUUGCAUUUUCACCCCUAAAUGCUACAUUAUUGUGGUGAGGCCAGACCUGAACAACAAAGAGCAGCUAACACAAAGAAAGGUAUAAAUGACAGUGGAAU